CUACAUCCGUCCCAAAAUAUUUGUCACACUUGCUUUUUAGCAGUCGCGGGAACUUUUGUUUAUUUCUACGUUGCUAUUGGUUAUUUGAUAAAAUAAAAUAUUCUUGACACCUCUUAUAUAUUUCGAAGAACUUUUUAUGUAGUUUUUUGAUAUGUAAAUUUUUUUUAUUUCUAUAUAUACCAAUAUGUAGAUAAAAUGAAUUGAAAAAACGUGAUAUUUUACCUCGCUUUUCCAAGAUGCGCGGCGGCGGAAGCGGCGGCGGUGGCAGUGGCGGCAUUUUCGGCCGCCACCACCUCCGAUCAACUCCCAGGUUGUCACUAGACAGGUUUCUAUGGGACCAUCAACAACAACAAGAAAACAAAAGAGAAAAUUUGCUAUUUUCGGAUCAUAAUCUGUACGAUGUCUCGUCGUCCUCAUCGUCCGCUGUGUCUUGGUUGGAUUUCCAAGAAUCCGCUCUUACCGAAAGUGGGGCCGUUUCCGAUCUCGGCCAGAGAUCGGGUGGCCUCGCGUUCGAUAAGGGCUCUGGGAAGAAAGUUAAAUGCCGAUCUUCUCCUCCGCUGAUCAAGGGUCAGUGGACUGACGAAGAAGACAGGAAUUUGAUCAGAUUAGUGAAGCAAUAUGGAGUGAGAAAAUGGGCUCAAGUGGCUGACAAAAUGGUCGGUCGGGCAGGAAAACAAUGUCGCGAGCGGUGGCAAAACCAUCUUCGUCCCGAUAUUAAGAAAGACAGUUGGAGCGAAGAAGAGGAGAGGGUGCUGGUUGAAGCACAUGAAGAGCUUGGGAACAAAUGGGCUGAGAUUGCAAAGAGAAUUACCGGAAGGACCGAAAACUCCAUCAAGAAUCACUGGAAUGCCACCAAGAGAAGGCAGACUUCCAAGAGGAAGACCACCACCACCAAGAAGCCGCCGCCUGAGGCCGCUGCUGGCCGCGGCGGGUCCUCCUCCUCCACCUCCUCCACCACCUCCUCCAAUCCCACCAACAAAUCCACCGUUCUUCAAGACUACAUAAGAACCAAGUACCUCACCCCCGCCGCCGAUGUUGUCUCUGAUGACCGUCGUCGUCCUCCCACGAUCCCACUCCACGGCCCGUCGCUGUCGAACGACGACGUCUCGCCCUCGUUCAUGAUCCAUCAAAUGUCGUCCCACGAGGAUGACAUCAUCUUCAUGCAGACCCUCUUCGGAGGGAAUCCGCUCAGGGACCAGGGCGUGACAGACGAAUGUCACGCCAUGUCCUACGACGACAGCGUGAUAGAGGGCUCUCAGGACCAAGACAUGUCCUACGGUGACUGCCCUCCCUCGGAGGGCGGCGUCGAGGUUUAUCAGGGUUCUGAAGGUGGCCUACCGCCGUCAUUGCCAACUGUCACACUGCCAGUGCCUCCAGAAGGGAACCAUCAUCCGGCGGCCGACAGAUAUAUCUCGUACCUGUUGGACGGUGGAGAUGGAAGCUCGGCGAGGGCAGACCAGUUCGAGGCAAUGAGUCGGGCGGGAUUGUCGUGCCCUCCGUUUGACUAUUCUCCGUCGCCGUUAUCGGCGUUGACCGGGAUGGGAGGAAAGGGGAGGGAUAUGGAUCUGAUGGAGUUGAUAUUUUGUUCAUCAAGAUCAUCUCAAGGGAGCAAUAAUACCAACGAGGAUUAACUUAAUAGUUCUUCUAUUAGGUCUCGUUUGGAUCAUAUGUUUACUUAAUUUAGUGUCGUUGUCUUUUCAUUCCAGCUGCCUUUGUAUGUCAAUUAAAGACUAUGGACAUUAUUUUAUGUUUUUGGUCAAUCGAAUUUUUUUCUAAUAAAUAAAUAAUUUCAAUUCUCGCGGACCUAUUUUGUAAGAAUGGACUUCAAUGUUAUACUUUGCACAUUAAUAUUCAUGUUAUACAUAGAUAUAUAUCCCUCCAUUCUUAAAAAGUGUUCCUAUUUUGACCAAGUGUAAAAAUAAGAAAAGGUUAAAGUGUAG